GCGGUGUCCUGGAGUGUUGCCCAGAAGAUCAUACGGCCAUAGUUGCAGUCCGGCUCCGAGAUCCCCGAUCCGUUAUGAACACUUUCAGCACGUUCCUUUUGGGAUUGGAUAUCUGAGUGUUCAGCUUAACCUCGGGAUAAUCGAAAGAGCCGGUUUCAUCUUUAGAUAAGUAUGUGAAAAUUGGAAGAUGUGAUGAAACCAAUGCGCAAUAUUUGACAGCUUAACAGCUAUAGGUGCAUGAACGCUCAUAUGAUUUCCCGCGUCACGAAUUCCCUCGAAAGCUCUGCAAGUCUUCCCCUUGACAUCUUCCCACAUUAGAAGAUCCCUCAGUACGAAAUCAAGCUCUCAAUAACCAAUCUUGAAUAUGUCUUGGCUCGAGAGGUCGCCCAUCCAAGGAAUAAUUAACCAACUCAAACCAUUGCCAUAUCCCGAGACGGAUUGCUCGGGAAAGACCAUCAUUGUCACUGGAGCCAAUGUGGGCCUCGGAUUAGAGGCCGCAAGACACUUCGUUCGCUUGAAUGCCGCAAAGGUCAUUCUAGGUUGCCGAAACGUCGAAAAAGGGAGUCAGGCCAAGACUGACAUCGAGACAUCAACAAACAGGACCGGAGUGGCCGAAGUGUGGCAACUCGAUCUCACUUCCUUUGACAGCGUCAAGGAGUUCUGUCAGCGCGCCGAGAAACUGCAUCGUCUCGAUGUAGUCGUUGAGAAUGCAGGGGUCGCAACGGGCGACUUCGUCCAGUACGAGGGCUACGAACAACAAAUCACGGUCAACGUGAUAUCAACCUUCCUGAUGGCUCUUUUGAUACUGCCAAGUCUCCGACGCACCGCGACUCGAUUCAACGUUGUGCCGAGCCUGGUUAUCGUUACCUCGGACGCCCACGCAUAUACCUCAUUGACAAGAGCACGAAAUGCCCCCUCAAUCUUCGAAGCCCUCCGAGGCUCAGCGGGUAUGAGUGGACGCUACAGCAACUCCAAACUGCUCGAGGUCCUCGUCGUCCGCGAACUAGCAACGGAAAUGGAGUCAUCACCCAAGAAGCCACGAGUCGCCCUCAACUUGGUGCAUCCAGGACUCUGCAAGUCCAAACUUUUCCGGCACAUUACGUGGCCUAUAUCGUGGAUUAUAGCAAUUGGGUUCUUGCUGCUUGCGCGCACGUCCGAAAUGGGAUCGCGAACCCUGGUUUCGGCUGCACUGGCUGGGGAGGAGACGCAUGGCAAGUACCUUGGUGACUGCAGGAUGAUGGAGCCGAGUCGCUUUGUGCGCAGUGAGGAGGGCAAGAGGGUUCAGAAAAGGGCUUACGAUGAACUGCUUGGUAUUUUGGAAGGUGUCGAGCCGGGUAUUACAAAAAACAUUUGAGAUCGCGGGCCGAUGAUUCUGGAGUUGCCGGGAAAGGAGUCACCAGUCAGCAGGAUACAUUGGGUUGGCUAUCUUAUCGCAUUUACAGGUACAGGGUAACCUUCCUUGAGGUCACGGAUCGGUUGUGAUAUCUGAUAUGGCAAUCAACCUCAAAACUGAUAGUUAUGCAAGGCGUUCUGCGCAAUAUCGGUUUUAACCGCCUUUAGGGAAUUUAAUCAUCUACCUAUAAAUAUUUUUGGUUAUUAUCAAAGUAGUUGAGAAAAAUACAGGUG